AUGGAGGAGAGUAAUCCUCAGGAAAAGAAUUCUCUUAUUAAACCUAUAUCGGGAGAAGGGGAUGAGAGAUGGAAAAUACCAAUUCAUCAUUUUUCAUCUAAAAAACAAGGGCCAAAUUAUAAACAACAUUCAAAACGUAUGAGAUCAUAUUACAAAGCACAAGAUGAAUUAAUUACCACGUUUGAAGAGAUACAGCUAGAAAUUGACGAUGCUAUGGAGAACCGACAAGAAGCUAUACGAUUACGGAAAACAGCCAGUUGCUAUGCAAAGCUCACUUUCUGUAUAAAUUUGUUGUUACUAAUAGCUAAAACAGUGGCCAGUGUGAUGUCGGGAUCUAUUUCUAUCAUAUCAAGUUUAGUUGACAGUGCUGUUGAUCUAAUAUCAGGCAUAGUUCUAUGGUGGACAAACCAUGCCGUUAAAAGACGGAACAUCUAUGCUUAUCCCCAAGGUAGAACCAAGUUGGAGCCAAUAGCUAUUGUAAUUAUAGCUGUUGUCAUGGGAUUAGCAUCGUUACAGUUGAUACGGGAAUCUAUUGAACGUAUCGCAGCAUUAGCGACCGCUGUAUUAGACCUACCCCAUAUGGAAAUAGCUACUAUGAUUAUUGCUGGGUCUACGAUAGUGAUUAAAUUUAUAAUGUGGCUUUUAUGCAGAAGAAUUGAUACACCAUCAGUUCAAGCUCUAGCUCAAGAUCAUCUUAACGAUGUGUUUUCAAACAGUGUAGCUUUAAUAUGUGGUUACUUAGUGAUUAAAUUUAUAAUGUGGCUUUUAUGCAGAAGAAUUGAUACACCAUCAGUUCAAGCUCUAGCUCAAGAUCAUCUUAACGAUGUGUUUUCAAACAGUGUAGCUUUAAUAUGUGGUUACCUAGGCUCUAAUGAACUGUAUUUGAAAACCAACAUGUCCGAGUUUUCAUUUGUGGACCCAGCUGGUGCUAUACUGAUUAGUUUAUACAUUGUUUAUAAUUGGUGGAGAACGGGGAAAGAACAAAUCAAGAUGUUAACAGGACAUUCUGCACAACCCGAGUUCCUGAGUAAAUUAACAUGGCUCAGUGUAAAUCAUCAUCCCAAAAUACUCAAUAUUGAUACAGUUCGUGCCUUUCACUUCGGAAAUAAUUUCUUAGUGGAGGUAGACAUUGUCCUUCCCGAACAAAUGAAAUUAAAGGAAGCUCACGAUAUAGGUGAAUCUUUACAGCAAAAAAUAGAGACAUUACCAGCUGUGGAGAGAGCUUUUGUUCAUUUAGAUUAUGAAUUUCAACACAAGCCUGCGUCUGAACAUAAAACGGUCUAA